AGGCAAAGUAGCUCGGAGCGCUUCCAAUAAUCCAUUUUUAAUUGUGACCACACCCCGUAUAGGUGACAUAAGUAUUACCGUCUUGCCCUUGCAGUUGGGGAAACCGAGGCAUGACACUCCUCCAUUCAGUUUUUCAGUAGGAUUUAGGAAGAAUCCUGCCUGCAUGACCUCAGAGGGUCUCCUCCUUCCUCCACGGCGCCUCUCAGAACCCUCAUGUCCUUCGGCGUCGCAGGAGAGCAGCUCGGGAUUCGUCCUCCGCCCAAUAGCACCCGCCCCACUCUCCCGCACCUUCCUCAAGAGGUCCAGCUGGCCAAGGUCUGGCUGUCUCUCCCGUCCUUCCCCCAGUCCCCCGCCUCCCUUUCCCCGGUCCCCGACGUGCAGGAAGCCCCCAGCCAAGUGCCCCGCAGGAAGGUGCGGGCAGAUGCUGCCCAGGCGUCUAGCGGGAGGGGCGCCGGCGGCGCCAGAGAGUUGGAAGUCUUUGGAGACAAGACAGAGAGCUCACAGAGUUACAAGGGAUCGAUAUUAAAGUUCCAGAAGGCAAGCAUCGGCGAUCAUCAUAGAUAGAGGUGGACGCUUUGUAGGAAGCUAACCUCCAAGAGGCAGACGGGAUGGCUAGCUCAGCCCGGGAGCACCUGCUUUUUGUGCGGCGUAGAAAUCCCCAGAUGCGGUACACACUAAGCCCAGAGAACCUCCAGAGCCUGGCCUCCCAGAGCUCCAUGCCAGAGAACAUGACCCUACAGAGGGCGAACAGCGACACAGACCUGGUGACUUCUGAGAGCCGCUCCAGCUUGACUGCGAGCAUGUACGAGUACACGCUGGGGCAAGCCCAGAACCUCAUUAUCUUCUGGGAUAUUAAAGAGGAGGUGGACCCCAGUGAUUGGAUUGGACUUUAUCAUAUAGAUGAGAAUUCCCCAGCCAACUUCUGGGAUUCUAAAAACAGGGGUGUGACUGGAACCCAAAAAGGUCAAAUUGUAUGGAGAAUUGAGCCUGGGCCCUAUUUCAUGGAACCGGAGAUAAAAAUCUGUUUUAAGUACUACCACGGCGUUAGUGGAGCCCUUCGUGCCACGACCCCUUGCAUCACCGUGAAGAACCCGGCUGUGAUGAUGGGGGCAGAAGGCAUGGAAGGAGGUGCUUCUGGAAAUCAGCAUUCUCGGAAACUAGUUAGCUUUACAUUGUCAGAUCUUAGAGCAGUUGGGCUAAAGAAAGGGAUGUUCUUCAAUCCUGACCCUUAUCUUAAGAUGUCCAUUCAGCCAGGGAAGAAGAGCAGUUUCCCCACCUGUGCCCACCAUGGGCAGGAGAGAAGGUCUACUAUCAUCAGUAACACCACUAAUCCAAUUUGGCACCGAGAGAAAUACUCCUUUUUUGCACUUCUUACUGAUGUCUUAGAAAUUGAAAUUAAAGACAAAUUUGCCAAGAGCCGUCCCAUCAUCAAGCGUUUUCUGGGGAAACUAACCAUUCCAGUCCAGAGAUUGCUGGAGCGGCAAGCCAUUGGCGAUCAAAUGCUCAGCUACAACCUUGGCCGCAGGCUCCCAGCUGACCACGUGAGCGGGUACCUCCAGUUUAAAGUGGAGGUUACGUCUUCUGUGCACGAAGAUGCUUCUCCAGAAGCUGUUGGCACAAUACUUGGGGUCAAUACUGUAAAUGGAGACCUAGGAAGCCCUUCUGAUGAGGAGGACAUGCCUGGGGGCCAUCAUGACAGCCCCAUUUGUUCUAAUGGACCAGUUUCUGAGGACAGUGCUGCUGAUGGGACGCCCAAGCAUUCUUUCAGGACUAGCUCUACUCUGGAAAUAGACACAGAGGAAUUAACCUCUACUUCUUCAAGGACCUCACCUCCCCGAGGACGUCAGGAUUCACUCAAUGAUUACUUAGAUGCGAUUGAACACAAUGGCCAUUCCAGGCCGGGCACGGCCACCUGCUCAGAGAGGUCCAUGGGAGCCUCUCCAAAACUAAGGAGUAGUUUUCCCACCGACACAAGACUCAACGCAAUGCUUCAUAUCGACUCAGAUGAGGAAGACCACGAGUUCCAGCAAGACCUAGGAUAUCCAUCUUCCUUGGAGGAAGAAGGAGGGCUAAUAAUGUUUGGCACGGCAUCAAGAACUGAUGAUGUGAGCCUGACAUCACAGACAAAGCCGGAAGACAACCCAGUGGAGGUGGAGGAAGCCUCCACAAAUGAAGCCGCUUCCUUCGAGGAUAAGCCAGAACAUCUUCCAGAGCUGGCAGAGGCCUCCUUACCCCCAGGCCCAGUCCCAGAUGAAAGCGAAAAUGGCCCAGAGUCUCAACCAAGUGCUGACCAGGGCAGCACCGAAUUGUGUGGCUCUCAGGAGGUGGAUCAGCCCACGAGUGGGGCAGACACGGGGACUUCCGACACAUCAGGAGGAAGCCGCAGAGCCAUCAGUGAGACUGAGUCCCUGGAUCAGGGGUCUGAGCCUUCCCAGGUGUCCUCUGAAACAGAGCCCAGUGACCCUGCCAGGACAGAGAGCGUGAGCGAGGCUAGCACGCGGCCAGAGGGCGAGAGCGACCUGGAGGGCGCCGACAGCUCCUGCAAUGAGAGUGUUACCACACAGCUCUCCUCGGUGGACACGCGGUGCUCGUCUCUUGAGAGUGCACGCUUUCCCGAAACCCCGGCCUUUUCUUCUCAGGAGGAGGAAGAUGGAGCCUGUGCAGCAGAGCCCAGCCGCAGUGGCCCCUCUGAAGGGUCGCAGGAUUCCAUAUGCACUCCCAGUGCUUUACCUGUGGUGCAGGUGCCCAGUGGAGAGGAGGAAAGGCCAGGGGCAGACACAGCCCCUCUACCUCACCAGGAGGAGGUGGGGGAGGUCUGGCAGCGGCGGGGGAGCCUGGAGGGAGCUGCUGCCGCUGAGAGCCAGCCGCAAGAAGAGGGUGAUGCUGGGGAUGCCCACGGGGCUUAUGAAGGGGCCACUGCCCAGGAGGAGGGCGCCACCGGAGGUUCUCAAGCCAAUGGCCACCAGCCAUUGAGAUCGCUGCCUUCGGUACGCCAAGAUGUUAGCCGCUACCAGAGGGUGGAUGAGGCUCUUCCACCAAACUGGGAGGCACGCAUUGACAGCCACGGCAGGAUCUUCUACGUGGAUCACGUCAACAGAACCACCACGUGGCAGCGGCCAACAGCACCCCCGGCCCCCCAGGUGCUGCAGAGGUCCAACUCCAUACAGCAAAUGGAGCAGCUGAACCGGAGAUACCAGAGUAUCCGCAGAACCAUGACUAACGAGAGGCCUGAGGAAAAUACCAACGCUAUCGAUGGGGCAGGGGAGGAAGCUGACUUUCACCAAGCCAGUGCAGAUUUCCGACGGGAGAACGUCCUGCCCCACUCUACCUCUAGAUCCAGGCUCACAUUGCUGUUGCAGUCUCCCCCCGUGAAGUUCCUCAUCAGCCCAGAGUUCUUUACCGUGCUGCAUUCUAACCCUAGUGCCUACCGCAUGUUUACAAACAAUACGUGUUUGAAGCACAUGAUCACCAAAGUCCGGCGGGACACCCACCACUUUGAACGCUACCAGCAUAACCGAGAUCUUGUGGGAUUCCUCAACAUGUUCGCCAACAAACAGCUGGAGCUGCCAAGGGGCUGGGAGAUGAAACACGAUCAUCAGGGCAAGGCAUUUUUUGUCGACCACAACUCCCGCACCACCACUUUUAUCGACCCCCGGCUCCCGCUCCAGAGCAGUAGACCCACAAGCGCGCUGGUUCAUCGGCAGCACCUGACGAGGCAACGCAGCCACAGUGCCGGCGAGGUAGGAGAAGAUUCUCGACAUACAGGCCCACCAGUUCUUCCCAGGCCAUCGAGUACGUUCAAUACAGUCAGUAGGCCACAGUACCAGGAUAUGGUUCCAGUGGCUUACAAUGACAAGAUUGUUGCAUUUCUGCGCCAACCCAACAUCUUUGAAAUUCUACAGGAGCGUCAACCUGAUCUUACCAGGAAUCAUUCACUCAGGGAGAAGAUCCAAUUUAUCCGAACUGAAGGGACCCCAGGAUUGGUGCGUCUUUCAAGUGAUGCAGACCUUGUUAUGUUGCUGAGUUUAUUUGAAGAAGAGAUAAUGUCUUAUGUGCCUCCACAUGCCUUACUUCACCCCAGCUACUGUCAGUCCCCCCGUGGCUCCCCUGUGUCCUCUCCCCAGAACUCGCCAGGUACUCAGCGUGCCAAUGCCCGGGCUCCAGCCCCUUACAAGCGAGACUUUGAAGCCAAGCUAAGGAACUUUUACAGGAAGUUAGAGACGAAAGGAUACGGACAAGGCCCAGGGAAAUUGAAGUUAAUUAUCAGAAGAGAUCACUUACUAGAAGAUGCUUUUAAUCAGAUCAUGGGCUACUCCAGAAAAGACUUGCAGAGAAAUAAGCUGUACGUCACAUUUGUCGGGGAGGAAGGGCUGGAUUACAGUGGACCUUCCAGAGAGUUUUUCUUCCUCGUAUCCAGAGAACUCUUUAACCCAUAUUAUGGCUUAUUUGAAUAUUCGGCCAAUGAUACAUACACAGUACAAAUAAGCCCCAUGUCUGCUUUUGUAGACAAUCACCAUGAGUGGUUCCGGUUCAGUGGUAGGAUUCUUGGUCUUGCACUCAUACACCAGUAUUUGUUGGAUGCCUUCUUCACACGGCCCUUUUAUAAAGCUCUUCUCAGAAUUCUGUGUGACCUGAGUGAUCUAGAAUACCUUGACGAAGAGUUCCACCAGAGCCUGCAGUGGAUGAAAGACAAUGACAUCCAUGACAUCUUGGACCUUACAUUCACUGUGAACGAAGAAGUUUUUGGGCAGAUUACCGAACGAGAAUUAAAACCAGGGGGUGCCAAUAUCCCGGUCACAGAGAAGAACAAGAAGGAGUACAUCGAGAGGAUGGUGAAAUGGAGGAUUGAAAGGGGCGUCGUACAGCAAACAGAGAGCUUAGUGCGCGGCUUCUAUGAGGUGGUGGAUGCCAGGCUGGUGUCUGUUUUUGAUGCAAGAGAACUGGAACUGGUCAUCGCAGGCACAGCUGAAAUCGACCUGAGUGACUGGAGAAACAACACGGAAUAUAGAGGAGGAUAUCAUGACAAUCAUAUUGUAAUUCGGUGGUUCUGGGCUGCCGUGGAAAGAUUCAACAAUGAACAACGACUAAGGUUGUUACAGUUUGUCACAGGCACAUCCAGCAUUCCCUAUGAAGGAUUUGCUUCUCUCCGAGGGAGUAAUGGCCCAAGAAGAUUCUGUGUGGAGAAAUGGGGGAAAAUCACUGCUCUUCCCAGAGCUCACACUUGUUUUAACCGUCUGGAUCUCCCCCCGUACCCAUCCUUCUCCAUGCUUUAUGAAAAACUCUUGACAGCAGUGGAAGAGACCAGCACUUUUGGACUUGAGUGACCUGGAAAAGUGAUAUCGGGCUCCAUAUGGACAGGCAAUUUCAGAAGCUGCCCUCUCGAAGAAUGGCUGAACAUUGGAAGUUUGAAGAGUACACUUCCAUUAGAGUAAAGCUGAAUGCUCUGAUUUUCCAGGAACACAAGCUCUGUCACAUCUGGGGACCGGAUAGUGGUGAUGAUUCCUCUUGGAAGGAUUGGGGUGAGCUUGAUGCCCAGGGAACAACCCAAUAGUCUUUCAAUCAACAGUUGUUGACUGCCAAACUUUUUUCCAUUUGUGUUAUGUUCCAAGACAAAGAUGAACCUAUACACGAUCAGUUCCACAGUCACUUUUAGGGACUCAGGAAAAUCUUGAAACUUACCACUGAAUGUGGAUCAAGCCAAACUGGCAGCACUUGGCCCAAUCUCCAAAUUAGCGCAGGUUAAAUAAUAUAAGAAAAACCAAUAUGUCUCCUGAAAGUACAUUCAUUGAAGCCCUAAGUUAUAGCAGAAUGUUCAUUUUCUUGCUUAUGAGUGCCUGCAUGGUGUGCACCAUAGGUUUCAGCUUUCAUGGGACACAAGUGAAAAUGAAACCCAGUCAACAUGAGGUAAUUUUAAAGAUUUGCAAUAAGGUGGUCUGUGACAAUGUAUAUGCAAAGUGGUAUGUGUGUAACUAUGGCUGAAGACAAACUGUUAUACAAUGAAUAACUAAUGACAGAUUUUAUGCUUUAUAAUGCAUGAAAACAAUUUAAAAAUAACUAGCAAUUAAUCACAGCAUAUCAGGAAAAAAUACACAGUUCUGUUUUGUCAUAGGUUCAUUACAUUUACGUUCUUUAAGCUGUAUAUAAGAACCUACCUGUCCUACUGUAUGUGUCACCUGUUCCAUUUCCAUGUUCCGUGCUUACUCGGGCAUCAUGCUAGUACGUAUCCUUUUAAGCACUCUCAAGGGAACAAAAGGGCCUUUUAUUUUUAUAAAGGUACAAAAAAAAAUUCCCCGAAAUAUUUUGCACUGAAUGUACCAAAGUUGAAGGGACAUUACAAUACGACUAACAGCAACUCCAUCACUUGACAAGUAUAAUAGAAAAUAGCUUCUAAAUCAGACUUCCUUCACAGUGCCAUGUCUACCACUACAAGGACUGUGCAUCUAAGUAAUAAUUUUUUAAGACUCACUAUAUGUGAUAGUAUGAUAUGCAUUUAUUUAAAAUGCAUUAGACUUCUUCCAUCCAUCAAAUACUUUACAGGAUGGCAUUUAAUACAGAUAUUUCGUAUUUCCCCCACUGCUUUUUAUUUGUACAGCAUCAUUAAACACUAAGCUCAUUUAGGGAACCAUCAGCAACACCCAAGAGAUCAGCUCUCUUUAGUAAUAAGAAUUCCAUUUUCCCUCAUCGGUGAAGACAUCACAAAUUGAAACUCUCAGUACUAUAUUUCUAAGCCUGCAUUUUCACUAAUGCAUAAUUUUCUUAUCAAUAUUAAGAAACAAUUUUUCUAUGGUAUCUCAGAAACUGCAUGAUAUCACCAAUGUUAUUUCUGCAUAGUUUUAUCAGAGGAUGUUCUUCAUUUUUAUUGCUUUUGGGGUUACUCCAGAUCAUUGUUUAUUUCUUGACUUAUGGCCAUAACUAAUCGGGGUGAGUUCUUCAAUAGAGUGAAGUUAAAUCAUGGAUAAUAAAAGCACUGGAUUAACAUUUGGUUUGCCAGCCUGUGGUUUUACAGGCAUUGCCCAAACACCUCUUUGAGAAUUAUAAGUAGCCAUGGAAUUCCUAUUAUGGGAUGUUGGCAAUCUUGUAUUUUAUAGGGUCACAUGCAUGGUUUUCACAGGUGGUUUAUAAGAACUAAUUGCUCUCCUGUUGGUUAAGCUAUGUUUACUGUUGAGACCCUCAAGAGAAAUACCACUCAUGUUGCAUUCCUGAACUAAAGGCAGGUACUAUAGCAUGGGGAAACAUUCCCCGGAAAAGGUUACCGAAAUCUGGAGAUGAGAAAGAAAGAUUUAUCUGUGUACUAUAAUUGGACCAGAGAAAAAAGUUUUCAUUGGAAAUGUUAGUUUGUACUUAUUGAUCAUGAAUAUAAGUAUAUAUUUAAUUUUGCAAACUAUUUUUACUUGUUUGUAUUUUUUUCAUUAUAAGGAAAAAUAGUAUAACAUACUUAAAAAAAUACAUCUUUGAUCGUAUAUAAGAUGGUUCAGAGCUGGCAUUCUCUAAGCAGCUGGUAUAAAAGGUUACACAUUUCUUUCAAAAAUAGACCAUGUUAGCUUUCAUUUUGGUUUGUGACACUUUGUUAUCACAUUCCACAUUAUUAGGUAAAAGAGGUUUGAAAUAAAAUGCAUCUCUUUAAUUAAUCCUAACAAAUGUAUUUCUUGUUAAGGCAUCUAACUUCUUCCCAAAUAAUAGUAUAAUCAUCCACUGUUGCUAUUGUUCUCAGAAUUGGGAAUUACCAAAGAUGUACUUAACAUAUCAGAACACCAUGAUAAGUGAUCUGUUAUUCUUAAUUAGUAAAAUAAAAAAGUCCAAUAAUAACUAUAAAAACAUUAAAUAACAUUUCCACAGAAUAAAUGAGACUUUAACAUCCUCUACAAAUAGAAAUAUCCGUAAAUAUUUUCUUCUGGACUCUGAGCCUAGAUGACCUGGCUGUGUGGUCUCGUUUUCUUUAAGAAAUUCAUGAGUGAUGCUUAUAAUAUACUGUCUUCUAUAAAAGACAGUCAUGAUGCAUCGUGUAUGUAUGCAGAACGUCUCCUAGAUGAAGCCAGAGGCAAACUAUCAGCCUUCACUCUGUGCCAACCACUGUGUUUGAUGGUGAGCCACAAGAUUCAAAAUAUGCCCUUGAGAAACUCACAGUCUAGAGGAGUAGACACUAAGGUUUAAAAAAACUAUUUUUAAUAAAAUUUGGUAUGUUUUACAAUUAAGGAAUGAGGAGAGAAUGGCUUAUUCCAUUUGGGAAAUCCAUUGAAGUCUUCAUACAUGGGAGAUACUGUGGCUAAAAAUAAAAAUCACAUAAAUGCUCUUUCUCUUGGUAACUAAUGGCAUGUGAUAAUGUGUCAACACCGGUCAGAUGGGGAGGCCCAGGGCACAUUCACACACGAGGGCUUAAAGUGUGCAGAUGGGGAGCCGAACUAUGAAGGAGCAGCUCAAGGAUCCUCAAAUUAUCAGAGAAAUGCCAAAAUUAGUACUUUCCCUGUUUCCUUUCAUCUGCACUGCAAUGUACUUUCUGUUUUCAGUGGGAAAAAUCCCAGUCCUUAAGCCGAAGCCACUUCUGGGGUCAGGAUGUUUAUUUUGUGCACGAAAAUGAAUGGAUCUUGGCUAAAGAAGUGUGGUCACAAUUUUUUAGCAUAUGUUGUGUUUAUAAUUUAGUAGACAGAUUCUGUAAUCAAUGAAGGAAAAUCUGUUUCACCUGCAUUAACAAUCAGAAGUACUGAAACUGCAUUCAAAAUGAUUAACAGUAACAGAAUGUGUGUGUGCGGCGCUUUAGAGUUUCAAAGUGCUUUCCCGUGCGUCAUCUUAUGUCUUUCGCUGCUCACAUGCUUCUGUGGGGUAGAAGGUAUCAAUCCCAGCUGGGUUGAGGCUGAUUUUCAUGGACAGCUUAUAAGACCCAUUUCAGCACUUUAUGGUUACAAUUCUAGGUUUCAUUUCAAGAAAUGUGGAGACUAAUGUUUCUACAAACGUAUUCCACUAUCAGUGAAUUUUGCAAGAUGCUGCAUUUGCCCAAAUUCUCAUUUCUUCAAACACUCUUAAAAUGUGUACCUUCUGAAAAUCCCGUGGAAGAAAUUAGUAUAUUCAUGGAAAAACUCCUCAUAGACUUAAUACUUGCAUUUUUACUACUUAUGAGAAAUUUAAAACAAUGCAAAAUUUGAUGGCAUUAGGUGGAUUUCUAUAGUAUAGUAGUUUAGUUUUCUCAGAUAUUACUUGGAAAAGUGGGAAGAAACCCCGCUUUAAUCAGAAACCUUGUUUUAUUUUUUAAUAAAAAUAAAAGGAUGGCUCUAGAAGCUCUGGUAGCUAGAUCCCAGUGAUGUGGAUGAAGGAAUCCCUGCAGGUUCUCUUUUCCUCUCUGUCCUCUUCACAGUCACUCAAUUUUUGUCUGUCUUUCUGCACAAAUUGUAUUUAUGACUUGCCCACUUCUAACAGGCAAACAUCUUACAACAAAGAGCCUGGAAGUCUUCCCAACUUAACUGUAUUGGAGAAAUUCCCAAGGCAGGUGAAUGAUGAUAUACCAUCAUUAAAAGACAUCUGUAACCCUGCACAGUAAAAACAUGCAAAAGAAGAAUGUGACCCACUCUCCAAACUGGGCCUGAGUCUCAGGCCCUAUUCUCUCUUAUCUGCUUUAGUUGUUGAGUGAAAGCUCGCUAGAUCUUAGACACCUUACUUCCAUAAAAGUUGACUUUAAAUUAAUGAGCAUGUCACUUUUAUCAGAUUCUAAUUGUGCAAAACCUGUUACCUUUCUAGUUUGAUUGUGUUUUCCAGAUAGAUUUGUUUAUCUAACAUGGAAGCAAAGGAAGGCCAGAGACAUUAAAGCUUCCUAAAUUGUGGCUUAUGGCCAACGGCUGUCCACUAGAAGGGUGAUACAAACAAAAAGCAGAAAAGCAAAAAGCAGAAAGAGAAGCCCAGCAGUUGUGUCCCCCACCCCUGCCUGAAAGUAAUGCUAAUUGUUGACCAACUGUCAAGACUCAGGAGUGGUAGCUCCAUUCCAAGGAGCAGGCACAAAGGAGAUAAUGGAUGUAUGUACUACCCUUAAUCACAGCAAUCUGGGCCAGAAGGAAUGCAGGGAUGGUUAAGACAGCACCCUAGCAAAGAGAAAGUUAAAACGAGAAUUGGAAAGAUCAGGGCACCUGGGUGGCUCAGUCGUUAAGCAUCUGCCUUCCGCUCAGGUCCCAGGGUCCUGGGAUCGAGCCCCGCAUCGGCCUCCCUGCUCCACGGGAAGCCUGCUUCUCCCUCUCCCACUCCCCCUGCUUGUAUUCCCUCUCUCGCUGUGCCUCUCUCUGUCAAAUAAAUAAGUAAAAUCUUUAAAAAAAAGAGAGAGAGGGUUGGAAAGAUCAUCUUAGGGCUUCAGUUUGGUUUCUGACUUUGGGGGAAAAAAGAAACAAAGAAGAGUGUCAUGCUGCCUAGUGAGGCUACUGCUUGAUAAUCUCCCUGGUGGGAAAUACCCUCGUCAUGUAACUUCGGUUGAUUGAUAACAUCUUCUGUAUUGCACAACAGAAUUUAAAAGUAUUAAAGCUAACCAUAGAUGAAUCAGGAAAAUUUGACAAUUUAGCAUUACAUUACGUCAUGGAUUUUAUUUAACUUCAGAAUUACUGUUGCUAUUAUUGAACUUUCUAUAUAAGUAAAAAACCAAAACAAAACAGUGUAGCUUGACAUAUUUAUGAUACUUAAUUUGUUUCUCCGUGGACAUUCUUUGACAUUGGAAUAGCUUUUGGGACAUUUUCAUGGUUUCUUUAGUGGUUAUUUAAAUGUUCCCUAUUAAUCCAGAAAGCAAAAACUUAAGAAUUAGGUUGCUGAAUUGCAAAUGGAGAACCUAAUCAGUGUUUCCAAUUUUUCAGAAAGCUAAUCAAGACUGAAAACACAUUUGCUUAGAUUUAAUCCUCUAGGCAGUUUAUUUGGCUUUCACAAUGGCACAGUUCAGCAGCAUUGGCAGGCCCUAGUUGUAGGGUUUCUGGGAAAAACAGGGAAUUAAAUUUACAUACGUGAUGUUUACGUCCAGUGACCUUGGGCAGGUGAUAUCUUUCUAUCUAAUUUUCUUUUAGGAUAUUACAACCCUGAGGAGUGUUGUUAGGUAUGUUGUGUGAUUCAAACUGAAUCAGCUAUUACUGAUGCAGGUAAGGAACCAUCAGUAAACUUCUGGUUAUUACACCUUCUGUAAAAAAGGAUGGUUAUGUUUAAGAAAUACCUUGGAAGGAUUAACCAGGAAACACACAGAACUGAAUGUUCUUUUAGGACCCUAUGCUCUAAAAGCUGUUAUUACAACCUAUUUUUCUUUAUAUGAUAUCGUAAGUAAAAUUUGAAGCUGUUCAUAUAUUGGAAAGUGCAUAAGAUUACAUGUUUUUAUAACAGGGAUGCAGGCAUUCCAAAAUAAAUAAAAAUACAUGCAUCUCUCUUGCCUCUUACUGAAAGUAUUAAUCUAAUUUUAUAAUAAUGCUUACUUUUUAAUAUUAAGGCUCUGUAAAAAAAACCCAUAUUUAUUUCUCAGAUUUCAGUAGAGCACAGGUGAUGUAUUUUUUUAAGCCUUUCCUUUUCUUUUCACCAACUCCACCCAUGUGUCUACUAUACCAUGUAUUCACAGUCAAGAGCUAUGUUUCUAUUUUUGUUGAGUUGAUUUAUGCUUCAUAUUCAUUCAGUGUGACUUUCAAUAGAGAAUAAUAAUGGGAGGUAUUUAGUAUUGGCAUUAAGACCAUACAGCUCUCAUUUCACCUUAUAUUUAAAUUUCAUCUGUUUUUUUUCCAAAGCAAAUAAUGCAGAUUGUUGACAUCCUAGGAAUGAUUUGUGGGUGGUAUUAAAUGGAGCCUGGGAUUCUGAAAUGUAGACUAGAUGUUGGUUUUCUGGAAAGUUUGUAUUCUUAUCCUCACCUGAACCCCUGACUUUUGUGUUGUAUUUUUUUAUGAUUCCAAAAUGCUUUGAGGGAAAGAUAUUUUAAUGUGUACAAUUUGUUUUAUUUUCCUACUGAUCUCUAUUUUUGUUUAAAACCAUGUUGCAUCAUGAAAUCACUUAAUCCAAAAUAAAUCUUCU